AUGGGCCAAUCAUGUUUUUUCCCAGGGAUUGGGCAGUUGGCUAAUCUUCGGACGUUGCCCCACUUCAGGAUAAGCCAAGCCAAGGGAUGUCAACUUGAGGAGUUGGAAUGCUUGCGCAACCUCCGAGGCGAGCUAAAAAUUUUUGGACUUGAGAAUGUGAGCAGCUUUGAAUCCGCAGCAAAAGCAAAUUUGUCCAAAAAAUCAAGCAUUCAAGGUUUAAGACUUUCAUGGGAUGGCACGAAAGAAGAUUGUGACGACAACAUCAACAGUGUCAUGGAAGGUCUCCAACCUCACCCAAACUUGAAAGAUUUAGCCAUUAGUGGUUUCAAAGGUUCAAGGUUUCCGUCGUGGAUGGUGGCAAAGGAUCGCGUGACGGUACUUCGGAAUCUGGUACGCCUCACGUUGGAGGAAUUGGGUAAGUGUGAACAAGUACCACCACUAGGGGACUUGCCUUGUCUCGAGUCCUUAGAGAUGGUCUCCUUACACAAUGUGAAGCGCAUUGGGGCAGAAUUCUAUGGUCUCGAUAUUAAUGCAAGGCGCAGCGCUUCUUGUAGUAAUAGAGAUGGGAAACCAGUCACUCUGUUUCCGAAACUGUCGCGCUUUGUGCUUCGGAACAUGGGAAGUCUAGAGGAGUGGUCAGAUGCAAUGGUUCCCUCGAAUUCUUCUUCAUCAAUUAAGGUAUUCCCUAGUCUCCGGUACUUGGAACUCGGUGGCUUCUCUGACGACCUUGAUCAUUUUCCGGGGCCACACUCCACCACCAAUCUCGUCUCUCUGGAGAGUCUUGGAUUGUAUGGAUGGCCAAAAAUCACGUCUCUCCCAGACCAAAUUCAGCAUCUCUCUACCUUGGGAACUUUACUUCUUUGCAGGUUUGAGGGGUUGGAAGUUCUUCCAGAGUGGAUGGGUAGCCUUCGGAAUCUUCGAAAAUUGGUGACUAGUAAUUGCUCUAACCUCAGACAAUUGCCCUCUGCCGAAGCAAUGCGACACCUCACCAAUUUAAAUUAUCUAUCUAUCACCAGGUGUCCUCUUUUAGCAGAGAGAUGCACCAAAGGAAGUGGUGCAGAGUGGCCCAAGAUUGCACAUAUUCCCCGUAUUCAUAUCUAUCCGUUGAACAAAGUUUGA